AGCGUGCUAUUUGGAUCGUCGGUUAACCAGAAUUUAAGACCUUAAAUUUGAGAAAAUGUGUUGAUUAUGUUACAAGUUUUCAGUGACAGUUACUUAGUAAUUAACAUUUUGUAAACUCAUGGACGAACUAAGCAGUUAGUUGACUACUAAUGAAACUAGCGUGUACUUUUGGUUUGAUGUUUAUUUUAGAACUUUUAAUCAUGUGAUCCUCCACGUGUUUGAGAGAAUGUUGUCCCACAAUUCAUUGCGGUAACAUUCAUUUUACACAAAAUGGCGGACCUUUUGGUUGUGAGGACCGCAUAGGAUGAGAAGUGUAUUUGCCAGCAAUCCAGCUAAAACUACAGCAAAGUUGAGAUUAAACGGGUCUGUGAACAGUCACAAGAAAACGAGCAAAUCUAGUGGCCCUUGACAGGAGACACAUCUUAUUUCUAUCCAUGCGUAAGGAAUUGUUCAAGAAAGUUUUGGAACUAACAAAGUGGAAAUAGUUGUUAUGACUGAUAUUUGCAAGACAAAUCAUAAGCAUAAAAAUCUUAAAACUAUGAAAGGGACGGGAGGUAAAUCUCCUGCAAAGACAAGCAAAGAAAGUCUUGACAAGUUUCAAGAUUCUUUUGUAUGUGAAGAUAAUGCAAGCAUUCAAAAUAUUAAAGCUUUGUUCGUUGAGACGGAUAAAGACCUUAAUGAUGUCCAGACAUCCAUUAAUAGUAUGAGUCCUAAUAGUCAUGGGUCUACAAAAAAGAAAGGGAUGAAAAAUAAAAUCAGGGAUAGUUCACCAAGUAAAGCAGAUGCAUGUAAGAAGAAAUCUCCCGUUAAAAGGACACCCAAAUCCUCACCUUCAAAACAGGAAAGUUCUGACCUACCAGCAAAGGGACCAUUGGAAUCACCCAAAACAAAACGGGUCUACAAAAAGAAAAGUGACACCUCUGUUGUGAAACAAUCCAAGAAACCUGAAAAUCUAUCUGUAAACCAAGACCUAAGUACGUGUAAUGCAGAUGUAGAAACAAUUCAGGUUAGCUCUAAGAAGAAACAUGGUAAAACUCUCAAAGCAAAGACAGAUCAAUUAGAAAGCUCAGUAGAUACACAACCAGAACAUUCUAAAGAAAGCAGCCCAGUAUCAUUGAAAAGUAGAAAGAAAAAAUCUGAUUUGAAAACUGAUUAUGCCACUGAUUCAGUUACCAAACUUACACCAAAACGUUCAAGAUCUCCAAAAAAGCUGACCAGUGAAAAGAAGACAAGUCCGAAAAAAGGAGCAGAAGCUGUCCGUGUUUUAGAUUUUGAUGACCAUGAAAUGAAAGAACAAAUUCUUAAAAGCAUAAGUUGUUCAUUUCCAAAUAAUUACAAGUACCAGUAUAGAGCUUCAAGUGAAACAUUUGGUAGAGACUUGAGUGAUUUAAUUGGUAAAGUGAAUAGCGCUUUGAAAGAAAAGCCGGCAGUACUGAAGUCAGUAUUUGGUGAGAAUGUGUUACCAGAUUCUGCUUCAAGUCCAGAGUCAGUUGAAAACAUUGAAGAGCUAGAUACAAUUAAUAGACACCUUACCCAAGAUUAUGUUUGCGAUGAUAUCAAAGAAAUAAUGGAGGGUAUAUUAACACAAAUAUGUAGUAAAAAAGAUACAGCUGACAAAAACACUCAUAACAGGGUGAAUUUGGAAGGCAAUAAAAGACUUGAUUCUGACAAUGUUCAGGCUGAAGAAAUUAAAAUGGAGACAGAAUUAAAGAAAGCCACAGUUGUUAAAAUGUCUUCUGUGAAAUCUAAGGACAUAUGUUCUCCAAGGAAGGAGAAAGUUAAUGAUGACCACCAACAUAACAAAAAAGAAACUGUAAGUAUUUUUGAAAUGUAUGGAUUGCAGUUGAAGAAAAAACCAGCAAAUAGUGAUGCUACACAUAACAGCAGCAGUGAAAAGUCUGGUGUAGCUGCAGACAAGGAGUCUGAGAGGAAAAACCAGACUGCAAGUGAUACAAACCUUAAAGAUGUUAGCGAUACUGAGAAAAAACUAAAUCAUUCAGAAGGUGAUGUGCUCUUAGAUUCUGAAUGCCAAUCCAAAAAAUCUGUUGAAAGUAUUGUCAUAUCAGAUGAUGAAGAGCAUUCACAAACAAAUAAAAAAUAUGAAAAACAGGUGACAAAAACAAAAUUUGUUGCUAUAAAUAAUCUUGCAGAACCAAAACCUAUUGAAAUACUAAAAAAACAUGAGAAAAAGACCUCUGAUAAGAAAGGUGCGUUUGUGUGUGAUGAAUUGGAUUUUUAUUUGCAGUCAAAUAAAGAGAACCAUAAUGCAAGCCCUCAUACUAUGAAGUUUUUGGAUGCACAGAUAAAGGAAGAGUUGGAGAAAGCAGAACCUGAUAUUGAUGAAGUUGAUGGUCAUGUGUUUUUGUCUUUUUCUAGUGAAUUUGCCCUUAAAGCACAUUUAUCUUUGGAAUCUAAAAUAGACUGGUUGACAGUCGGUCAUCUGAAGAAGGUAGCAGCCUUGAAGGAAAUGAAGGAACGCCAGAAUGAUGCUGGUACUCGAAGAGUGACUGAUGUGAAAUUGCAUGAUGAACUAAAGCAGAGUUUUAGAGGUAUACCGAUGCGUAUGAUGAAGUAUCAGAAACUUUUGAAGCAGGAAGUGGAAGAUAUGUUGACAGGACGGCAACAGACAACACCCUUUAAAUGUCCAUUGAAGCCAAUAGAGAAAACAGCUGAUGUUACAAAGAUAAAAGGAUGGAAAAAUAAGUUCAAAACUGCUGAAGCAAUACCUGACGCUACUGGAAUCAAUGUUUCUGAAUCAGGGAAAGUUCAUUGGAGAACAGAGGAAAGAUUGUUGAAAAAGUUGGAUCCUGUUGAAGCAAAAGAUAUUGGUUUGGAUCUAAAGAAAAAGAGACGAAAACUAGUGACGUACAAUAAAUCUAAGAGAGGAUCAAAAGAUGUGAAUGAAUAUCAGUACUUGAUUGAUGAAUCAGUAGUGACAGAGCGAGAUGUAUAUAAUGAGGAAGAGGAGAUGCCCCUACCAGAUAAAAUACCAUACCAUGUGAAGUAUCUAAGUCAGCACAAGUAUGGUGCAAGAAAGAUGUUUGUGAAAAAAAUGAAACUCGAUGCAGAGGAUGAGCGAAUUCUGAAAAAACUUGGGACACAGAAACAAGUGAAAGAUGAGGAUGAGGACAUGGAGACUUCCAGUGUGUGUGGUAAAACUUCAAGCAGAUCAGGCAGGGGUAACGGAAGCAUUGAAAGUGCAGAGAAAAUAUCAAUGACUAUGGCAUUGGAAGCAGUUUCUGCACUGAAUAUGAAACUGAUGGUGAAAGCCAAGAGUCUUUCUAAGGGUCUAGUUGGCAAAAGCUAUGCAGACGAGGAUUACUACGAACCAUGUGCUGAGGAUGUAAAUGAUGCUCCUGAUGAUGAUAUCAAACCUGAUGCUAGGAGGGCACGCAAGGCAUCUCUGCGCAAGAGAUCUAAUGCAGAGGAGAGUGGUCCAGCAACAGCGAUGACUGAUGAUGCCCCAGUCAAGAUCAAGAAGGAGAUGGGAUGUACAGAGCCAGGAGACAAUGGUAGAGCUGUUUGCACAAACCAGCAGGGGUGCCGUUACGGCUGCAUCUGUCAUCUCUGCAGACCCCAGGACAGCGGAGAGGAGAGGGAUGUCGUGAUGGACGUCAAGCCUACAUGUGACAAGGAGUACUGUAAACUCGGCUGUAUAUGUGAGAGCAUUGACACUAACAAGAUGCGUUCUUCCCACUGCCGUAAGCCCGGGUGCAUGUUGGAGUGCAAGUGUCCGCCCAAACAGCCCAAACCAGACAUCCCUCGGGAGAAUACAAAGAAGAAGAAAAAGGGACACCAGAAACGUAGAAAAUCAACGCCUGUACUGGGCCAGCAGGAGGAGCAGUUAAAGGACCAGUCAGGCCCACUCAGCCGGGGCCUGUCAGAGAAUGAAGACUGGGAACCUCCCAGUAAGAAGAAGAAACCAACGGUUGACAGGUAUGCUAACUUGCCAAGGCGUGAAACAACGUACAGACUUGCCAAGAACCUGGAUGCUGUUAGUAGAAAGGCCAUGGAAGUCUAUGCCACAAGUGAGAUGUAUGCGGAGCAGAAAAACUUCCGCAGGAGGAAAAGUGAUCACACUCCUGAUGAUAGCCCACACGUCUUUGAAAGUCUUUCAGCUCCAAAUAUCCAUGCGGAGAGGUCCACAUUAAUAGUAAAACCGGAAGAUGUGCUUGAGAUUUCAGACUCUGAUUCUGAGCCAAUACAGGACGACAUUGAGUCCUGUCAGAGAACCACCCCUUAUCAGAGAACUGCCAGAAAGCAUGAGAGAAAUGAUUUUAGGACGCAAAAUGAAAUUGCUGGAAAGCAGCAAGGUGCUGGUGACAUGGGUGGCAGCGUUGGCAGUGUUGAUGAAGAUACAAAGGGAGCUAACUCUAGUACCAACAGGAGAAAGUCAGGGAAACGGAGUAACUUCCCCUCAUCUGCCCCAUCUUCUGCCUCACUCUCUGCAUCAGAGAAAUUGGGUCUCAAUAGGAAAGUGGCUGAGGAGUCGCCUAUCAGGGUUGAAAAGGUUGAACAGAAGUGGAAGACACAAAUGGUCUGCCUUAAGGCAAAGAAGAAAAAUGAUGACAAGUCAGAAUCAGCUGAAAUUAAACUUCUAGAAAUAAUUUCAAAUUGCCAGUGGGAAAAUAAAAGGACAAACAUGCUCUCAAAGAUUUCCCACGCCAUUUCCAAAGACCCCUCACUUGGUGUUACAAAAGUUGACACAGUAGACUGGGACUCCUAUGUGCUUCAUUUCAUGAUAAGGGCCGACAAACCAGCCAUGAUACCCGAGGAGCUCAAGUCAAAACUACCCAGUGAAAUGUUCUCUAUACGAAUUAAGGUUACACAGAAAAAUGAGGUAGAUUUGACGAAAGAGAAUGAACCUAUUGUUAUAAAAGAUGAUGAAGAUGAAAAGAAGAAACUCAACUUAACUCUGCAGAAGAAGCUGAUAGAUAAAAUAAAGUUUGCAGAAAGAUUGAGAAACCUGAUAAUUUCCGAAGAGCAAAAAGGGGUGAAGUCUUCGAAGUUCUCUGUGUCAAGAGAAGGUAUUGAAAGAGCCUUGAAGAAGUACAAGACACAAUUGUGGAAGUCGUACACAGGGUGCAGUAAUAUGAGCCUGCAGCAGAUGAAGGAGGCGGUGUUGGCAGCUAAAGCAGGGGCGGCCAGAUCUCAGGAAUUAAGUUCACAGCCAGUCCCUUCAGUGAGUAAGUCACAUUCAGAGAGUUCUCUGGACACUAAUACUAUCAACAGAAUCUCAAUGAAUCAAGGCCUUAAGAUAGUGUGUCCCUCCAGCUCUGGCCUUGUAACCUUGCCUGGUUCUAGGACAGGCCAAGGUGGAUUCCAACCAUUUGUACAGGGUGGUUUGGAGAAGAAUGGCAUGCUCCUUAGUCAGAAUAUACCUGUGGUUUCAAGACAGAAUUCAAACUUAGUGCCCUCGACUUCAUCCUUUUCUUCCAGAACUACUGUCUCAAGUUUAAUUGGACAGCCAUGUGUUGCCUUUGUGUCUGAGCCCGGUAAAACUGGACUUCCAUUAAACACUUCAGGGAAUAUGAAGGUGAUAAAUGUAGGAGCGGGUGUUAGUAACGUUUUGGCAUCUUCCUCUAGUGUUGUUUCAAAUGUCAGACAGGCAGGCGUCCCCGGUGCUGUCUGUGUAUCAGUUGUCCCACACAGUGCUGUGCCUGUUGUGAUCAGUGGGCCUGUCUCAGUCCAUAGCAGUCAAAAGUUAGACUGCAAGACUAAAAAUGUAGCUGUGCCACUAACAGCAAUUUCAAAGAAGUCCAUUCCUGCAAACCAAAUAUUGUUAGUACCAGUCAGUCAGGGGGUACUCUCAGGUUCAGGAAAGCUUAUUGGGAAUAAAGUGGUAUUAAUAGAAACAGAGCCCAAAAUGAUUGCACCAGCCAGUAAUUCUGCUCCAGUUCCAGUUACUAUCAAUAGCUCUAAAGCCCAACGUUCUACAAGCCCUGCAGGAUUUGUAAGACCCCCGAACACAGAGGCAAUUCACUUGGUCCCAACUCCUGAUGCUCUUAACAACUCUUUGCGACAGGCCUUGCCUGGUGUUCGUUUGCAGUACCAUGGUACAGUACCAUCUAACUUAUAUCCAAUCAAGAUGGCCGCUCCAACGUGCAGUAGCAUUCCAACUCUUACACGAGGCAACACUUCGAAACCGCAGUCAGUUAUUGGAGGGAGUGUGCCUCCUACAUCCGCAGUGAAUACAAACGCUAAGUCUCACAUAUCUACUCCGAAAGCUCAUCCAAACACAAGUCCAUCAAAGUCUUGUGAACCCAUUGUUUGUGAAGCUGUGUGUGAAAGUGCUAAACAAAAGCAAUCUGUGGACAAAGUGAAAAAUGAAACCAAGUCUGAAGAAGAUGAUCAAAUGGCUUUAGAUCCAGAAACGGGACUUUUAAGUGAGGAAACAAUAUUUGCUGAAAAAAUAAAAGAUUGUAAAUGUGAUGAUGUAAUUGAGAUUGAUACAAAGGAUGAAAUGUUACACAAUGAAGAUGAAGUUUUGAUCUCUCAACCUAUAAAAACAGAAGGCGGUGUUGAUUUAAAACCUGAUGUUAUGGAAGCUGAUAAUGAUAAAGACUUGUUGCAAGUUUUAAGUGAAACCAAGGAAGUAGACUUGAGUGACAUUUCAAAGUUUAGAGAAUUUGAAGAGAUAGGGAACCAACUUACAGAGCAGAUCAAACAGAUUGUUGCAAGUGAAACUGCAAAAGUCUGCCCAGGUGAGGAAGUGGCUAAACGCAAAAGGGAUUCUCCUGAUUUUCUUGAUGAAAGCGAAAAGAGUCAGUCAACAAAGAAGGCUUGCCUAGACAUCACGAGGAUUUCUAUAAAUGAGUCAGAGGAUUCAGACGUAGAUAUUAUGACGUGCGACUUGGGGCCUGGAAAACCUAGUCUUAGCCCAUGUUCUUUAUCACCUGCAAGUUCACAGUUUUUCAAUGAGGAUUCCCAGUUGAGUGGUAGCGCCGGGCUGACCAAGACUGAGCAGGAGAAGAGUCGCAGGAUCACGCUCAAGUACCUGCUCAAGAACCUGAACCACGUCACCUUCAAGUAUAACCAGAAACUGGCCACAUACAAGACUGGAAUACCCAAACACUUUGUGUUGGCUGAGUCUGUACAGUUGGUGAAGGCCCUGAAGGCACGCAACAGAAGUCUGGAGGAGAGUCUCGAUGAUGGGCGCCAGUAUCAGAAGUCCCUGCAGAAAAAACUAGAGAUACUUGUUGGGUCAUUUGUCCAGUCUGGAGUCCCGGAGACGAUAAUUAAAAACUUCCUCAAGAGUGUCACAAACGCUGCCCUCUCCACGCACCCAUUGACCAAUCGGAGGCGGGGCCAAAAGUCUGCAGUUAGACCAGACUCAGAGUCAGAGGAGAGUGACACAGAAUUGGAGUACGACCGAGUCACCACCAAGGAUGUCCUUAGUGUUCAUUCCCCCUAUACUACGCUGAUGACAGACAAACCUGAGGACGGGAAGAUAAUAGUUCCAGAGGCUGAUUCACCCCCGCCCUUCUUGAGAUACCGCCUUGGGGCUCAGUGGGAAAACUCAUUGGACGGAGAAAAGCAUACAGAACUGCCUAAACAAGUCAGUGUGGAACGCUGUGUGUCGGAUUGGAAUCAUGCUGAUGGAACUUUGCAGAAUGUAAAGGUUUUAGAGAAACCAGUGCAAAGCCCUAAAGCUGUAGUUAGCACUAGUCAAAGAGUUAGUAACAUUGACUCGGCUAUCAGAAUAAAUAAUACUGACCUUAAAAUAAAUCCAGCUUUGAGUACAGUUAAUUCAAAUAGACCAAGAGUACCAGUGUCUCAGAGUGACAAUAAUCACUCGAAACAAACUGUCCUUUACGGGGGUGUGUGCUUUAAUCAUGGGCGUAUUGACAAAUCCUCCAUCAAAAUUAUCAAAGCUGUGGGAGCAAUACCAUCGGGUGCGUAUCACCAAGCACCACAUGCAAACACAAACACAUCGAUUAGUUAUACAGGUAAUGACAAGCUAUCUGCUCAAGGAUUGAAUGCCAGUGGCAAUAAUGAACCAGUGGUGAUUGAUUCAGACAGUAUAUACCAUUCAAGUGAUGAGGAUGAGGUGAGGAGUUCUACUGGAGACAAUGUGAUGUCUUUAGAUGAUGAGAUGGGUGAGCCGCUCACAAACUGUCUGCAGGACAGCACAGAAAGUGAAGAUCUCUUGAGGGCAAUGGUGGAGCAGCAGAUUACAUGAACGUGCGCAUAUGAGCCAAAUAUAGGAAAAACAAGGGAAAAUUGUGCUUUAAUCAUGGGCGUAGGCUAAUUGGGGAACAAAGGUUUAUGAGCUGUAGGUGAAGCCACAACAUGUGGUACAGUGUGGGUAUUAAAGAAGCAGCUGCCUGAGAUGCUGUUGUUGUUUUCCUUUAUUGAAUUUAUUAUAUAUUUUUUUUAUAGGAAAGCAACAAUGUGUUUCUAUGCUAAACUAUGAUUUAGCUGUUUUGACAUUAUCUAAAUGCAUUAUCUUUUGUGUAUUCAAUGUUCUAAACCACAACAUUUUCAGUAUCAUAACAAGAUGAUAUUCAUGAAAAAGAAUUGCUCAAUUAUGUUGAGUUACGAAGAAUAUUAAUUUGUAAAUACUAGACCAAAUUUGUUCAACUCAUUGAUUUGUAAAUUCUGUUAUAAGAUCUGUUAUUUUUUUUUGUUAACAAAGAUAUAAUGUUACAAUGUCCGUAAUGAUUGUCAUAAUGGAUGCAUAUAGCAUGUGUACUAAAAAUCAUAUAUUAAAAGUAUAAGUUGUUUUACUAUGGAAUUGACCUUACAUGUUUUAAAAUAAAAUAUGCAUGCUAAAAAUGGAAUUCAAUUCAGAUAGCUGGGCAUGUUGAUUUAUAUGUAAAGAUAUUGUCAGUUGUUUGCUGUUAAUUUUGCUGCAUGUUUAUUAUAAUUGAUUAAGAUGUAUUAUGAUUUAUCCCACUAUCAUGGGUGCAUUUUGGAAAUAAACCUUCGAUAAAUAAACUAGGCUUAAUUUCAGAUAAAGCUGUCAUGCGCAGAACAAUGAUGUCAUUUUCUUUUCUUUUAUUAGUGAAUUUGAUGUGAUCAUGUUUUUUUUUUUUAAUUCUUCAAUUUUCUUUAAUUAUACCCCCACAAACCAAGUUUCGGGGGGUAUAUAGGAGUGAACUUGUCUGUCUGUUGGUUGGUCGGUCGGUUGGUCGGUCGGUCUGUCUGUCGGUCCGUAUUAAGUGUCCGCUCUCUAAUUCAAGUAGUUUUCAUCCGAUCUUCACCAAACUUGGUCAGAAGUUGUAUCUACAUGAUGUCUAGGCCAAGUUCGAACAUGGGCCUUGCCGGGUCAAAAACUAGGUCACGGGGUCACUUGGUUCGUUUUAAACAUUCAGCAUGUUGUCCGCUCUCUAAUUUAAGUAGUUUUCAUCCGAUCUUCACCAAACUUGGUCAGAAGUUGUAUCUGCAUAAUGUCUAGGCCAAGUUCGAACAUGGGCCUUGCCAGGUCAAAAACUAGGUCACGGGGUCACUUAGUGCGUUUUAAACAUUCAGCAUGUUGUCCACUCUCUAAUUCAAGUAGUUUUCAUCCGAUUUUCACCAAACUUGGUCAGAAGUUGUAUCUACAUGAUGUCUAGGCCAAGUUCGAACAUGGGCCUUGCCGGGUCAAAAACUAGGUCACAGGGUCACUUAGUGCGUUUAAACAUUCAGCAUGCUGUUCGCUCUCUAAUUCAAGUAGUUUUCACCCGAUCUUCACCAAACUUGGUCAGAAGUUGUAUCUAGAUGAUCUUAAGGCCAAGUUCGAACAUGGGCCUUGCUGGGUCAAAAACUAGGUCACGGGGUCACUUAGUGUGUUUUAAACCUCACCAUGCUGUCCGCUCUCUAAUUCAAGUAGAUUUUAUCCUAUCGUCACCAAAAUUGGUCAGAAGUUGUAUCUUGAUAAUGUCUAGGGCAAGUUUGAAUAUGGGUCAUGCCGGGUCAAAAACAAGGUCACAGGGUCACUUAGUGCUUUUUAAACAUAACAAUGUUAUCCGCUCUCUUAUUCAAGUAGUUUUCAUCCAAUCUUCACCAAACUUGGUCAGAAGUUGUAUCUAGAUGAUGCCUAGGUCAAGUUUGAAUAUGGGUCAUACCGGGUCAAAAACUAGGUCACGGGGUAUCUUAGUGCGAUUUAAACCUCACCAUGUUGUCCGCUCUCUAAUUCAAGUAGUUUUCAUCAAAUCCUCACCAAACUUGGUCACAAGUUUUAUCUAAAUGAUCUCUAGGACAAGUUUGAACAUGGGCCAUUCCGGGCCUAAAACUAGGUCACGGGGACACUUAGUGCCUUUUUUUUACAUUCAGCAUGGUGUCCGCUCUCUUAUUCAAGUAGUUUACAUCCGAUCUUCACCAAACUUGGUCAGAAGUUUUAUGGAGAUGAUCUUAAGGCCAAGUUAGAACAUGGGCCUUUCUGGGUCAAAAACUAGGUCAAGGGGUCACUAAGUGCGUUUUAAAAAUUGAGCAUGGUGUCCGCUGUUUUUUGUGAAGACGACAUGCAAAAUAUUAUGUGUCAAUGCGGCAUGACGGGGUAUUCGUCAUGCCUGUGACAAAGCUCUAGUUUGUUUUCAAAAUGAUGAGGAAACGUUUUGAUAACAAUGAUGGAAAAGAGAGAAUACCAGAUUAAUAUUGAAUACAGCUACUAGAAAGUUCUUUGUCUAGGCUUGUGGCUCAGGUUUUCAUGCAUAACAAAUAAACUUUUCUGUUUUUAACACUAACCGUGUAUUCUGUAUAAUAUGUACAAAGUUGUAUCUGAUUUUCACACAUUCUUUUCACUUAGUACAAAUACUCGCUUAGGCAUCAACAACAGGUGCUGGAUGGGUGUUUACGCAUACACUUUAGGAGGCUACUCUGAAUUAAGUGUUUAUGACCAGUCUUUAGGUAAAUCAUUAUCUUUCAUUCAUUUAUUUAUUGAUUCACAUUACUCAUUCACUAGGACUCCAUAUCAUACUGAAAAUACAUCUUUAUCAUUUGUAAAGCUUUCAGCACGUCCUAUUGUAAAAGCCUGUACAAUUUGUGAACAGUACUUGUUCAAUAGAUUUGUUAUAAAAUUUUAAAGGUCUGGCAAGUAAGUUUUGGUGUGUCAUUCUAUUACAAAUGUAUAUUACCAGACUGUUAGUCAGUUAUGUGUUCUUGAUUAACUUGAGCAUUAUUGUGCUAUUUUAAGCUCACCUGAGCACAAAGGUGACUCUAGCUUUAUAAAACGAAAUAUAUAUUUUAAAAAUAUCUAGGCCAAGCUGAAUCUGGAUCAGAUGAGUCUAAACCAGGUCAAGUCUGAAAAAAUCCACAUUUUGUCUCAGUCUUGUUGAAUCUUGGUCAGAAUACUUAUGUUGACGAUAUGAGGACCAUGUUUGAAUCUGGGUCGAGUUUCGUCAAAAACUAGAUCACCUGGUCAUGUCUGUAUCAGUUUGUGCCUGUAAACUCAAGCGAAUGGUUAAGGACCAUCAUGGCUCUUUUGAGGCAAGUUUUCUUUUGUUGGCUUUGCAGUCUUUGCAGUCCACUGGUAAAGAUAUGCUGUUUUUUUGUGGGGUUUUGUUGAUUUUUUGCUCCUAUCAAUUUGACAUGUUAGGUUAUUUCUAUUAUCACUUAUGCGAUAUAUUUUGUUAACUGUUGUAUUAUAAUAACAUGUAUUUGUUUACAUUUUAUCGUUUGCCAAUAUAAUGGCAAGGUCAAUUUUGCCAAGCUAUAGAUAAACCUUGCAAAGUUGUAAAAUCGAUGUAUUAUUUUUAUGCCCCCGGAUUCAAUGAUCGGGGGCAUAUUGUUUUUGGCCUGUCCGUCUGUCAUUUUUAGCCGGAUUUUUUUCGAAAAAAUC